GUCAUGACGCCGCUCCUCCUUCCUUUCCUCCUCUAUCAGCGAGAAUGAAGACCAUUCUCAGUACCCAGACGGUGGACAUCCCCGACAAAGUUGAUGUGAGCCUAAAAGGCCGCACCAUCACUGUGAAGGGUCCUCGUGGAACUCUUCGCCGGGAGUUCAGCCACAUUAACCUGGAGCUUCGUCUGCUCGGCAAGAAGCAGAAGAAGCUGCGUGUGGACAAAUGGUGGGGUAACAGGAAGGAGCUGGCCACUGUCAGAACCAUUUGCAGCCAUGUUCAGAACAUGAUCAAGGGUGUGACCAUGGGCUUCAGGUACAAGAUGCGAUCUGUGUAUGCCCAUUUCCCCAUCAACGUGGUGAUUCAGGAGAGUGGCUCACUGGUGGAGAUCAGGAACUUCCUGGGAGAGAAGUACAUUCGCCGUGUCCGCAUGAGGCCAGGUGUGAACUGUGCGCUCUCAGCAGCCCAGAAAGACGAGCUUGUUCUGGAGGGUAACGAUAUUGAGCUGGUGUCAAACUCUGCUGCCCUCAUCCAGCAGGCAACCUCAGUCAAAAAUAAGGAUAUCAGAAAGUUCCUGGACGGUAUCUAUGUCUCUGAGAAGGGGACAGUAGUGGAGCCGGAGGCGUAGAGGACGCAAGCUGCCCUGAUUCAGCAGGCCACCUCUGUCCGGAAGAAGGACAUCCGGAAGUUCUUAGACGGUGUUUAUGUCAGCGAGAAGACUACUGUGGAGGAACAGCCAGAUAAUUAACAUCACGUCCUUGUAAAAUCUGUCAAUAAACAUCUAUUCUUUUUCACCCACCA